UUGAUAACUACACAAAAGAAGAAGAAAUCAAGGGGAUUUUUUAUUUGUAGGUUAGUAAAAAAAGAAAAACUUAAGAAUGGAGAGAUCAUCUUUGAAAUGUAAAAUUGGACCGUCAAUUCUAAACGCAGAUUUGUCACAAUUAUAUGUAGAGUCACAAAAAUUAAUAGACAACGGUGCGGAUUACCUCCAUUUGGACGUUAUGGAUGGUACUUUUGUUCCUAACCUAACAUUUGGACACCCAGUUGUUAAAUGCUUGAGAAAAAAAAUACAGAAUGCCUUUUUUGAAACACACAUGAUGGUUCAAGAUCCAGAAAAAUGGAUUGAACCCAUGGCUGAUGCGAAUGUCAAUCAAUAUACGUUUCAUAUAGAACCAGUUUUACAGAAUGUGCUGAAAGUUUGUAGAAAAGUUAGAGAAGCAGGAAUGAAAGUGGGAUUAGCAUUGAAACCUGAUACAGGUAUAGAAGCUGUAAGACAAUAUAUCGAUCACGCAGACAUGAUACUAGUUAUGACUGUCGAACCUGGAUUUGGUGGACAAAAAUUCAUGGGAGAAAUGAUGCCUAAAGUACAAUGGUUGCGACGUAAUUAUCCUCUAUUAGAUAUAGAAGUGGAUGGCGGAGUUGGCCUUAAUACUAUAACUUCUUGUGCAGAGGCAGGAGCGAACAUGAUUGUGUCAGGGACAGCAAUAAUAAACUCGGUAGACCAGAGAGCUGUAAUGGCAAGUCUGAGAGAAACAGUCGAAAGCUCAAUUCACAAAUGCAAUGUUUAAAGUCUGUGCCAAUGUGAUUCAAGUUAAGUUUUAUCAGAAUUCAAUUGUUAACAAAAUCAUUCCUCAAGAACAUUUAUCAAAGUUGUUGCUGUUGAUAUUUCAAAGUCAGUUUUUAUUUGAUUAAUCAACAAUCAAUUUCCUUUACAAGGAAUCACUUGUUUGAAUACCUAAGAUUUUUUAAUUGUUGUUGCUGGGAAAUUAUUUUUUUAUAUUAUUUACAAUACCUGCUAGUUUUGCAGUGGUAUGUAAUGUAAGGAAGUUCUAUUUCAAAAUAAAGUG